UCAAAUAGGAGGUCCGCCCUAAACCUGAAACAGACAUCCUUCUCCACAAUUGUAUGUGGCUGUCUGUCCGCUCUCUCUAUCACGUUUCGUGUUUCCCGACCGCCCGGCCAAACCCAAUCUGUCCACCUCACCGUCUUCUCUCGUCCUUUUCUCCUCCCUCUUCCUUCUUCUAUCGGUCAACUUCACCUCAUUUCUUAAAUUCUCUGCAGUUUCUUCCUGCAGUUUUCUCUGUUAUCGUUCAUGCUGAGCCUCGCUCGCAAGACUUUGAAUCGCGUCCCCAGCUUUCAGGAUAUUCUACAAGGCAGGAUGACCCACCCCGACGUUUCUGUUGAUGUUCUCGUCAUUGGUGCAGGCCCAACUGGCUUGGGUGCUGCUAAGCGGUUGAACCAGAUCAACAACCCCUCGUGGCUGAUCGUUGACUCCAACGAGACCCCUGGUGGUCUUGCUUCUACCGAUGUGACCCCCGAAGGCUUCCUUUACGAUGUCGGUGGUCACGUCAUCUUCUCUCACUACAAAUACUUUGAUGACUGUAUCAACGAGGCUCUUCCCAACGACGAUGACUGGUACAGCCACCAGCGUAUCUCCUACGUCCGCUGCGAGGGCCAAUGGGUUCCCUACCCCUUCCAGAACAACAUCUCCAUGCUUUCCAAGGAGCAGCAGGUCAAGUGCAUUGAUGGCAUGAUUGACGCUGCCUUAGAGCACCGUGUCUCCAACACCAAGCCCCAGAACUUUGAUGAGUGGAUUCUUCGCAUGAUGGGUACUGGUGUUGCUGACGUCUUCAUGCGUCCUUACAACUACAAGGUUUGGGCUGUGCCCACUACUAAGAUGCAAUGCGCUUGGCUCGGUGAGCGUGUCGCUGCCCCCAACGUCAAGGCCGUCACCACCAACGUUAUCCUGAACAAGACCGCCGGUAACUGGGGUCCCAACGCUACUUUCCGUUUCCCCGCUCGUGGCGGUACUGGUGGCAUCUGGAUUGCUGUCGCCAACACCAUCCCCAAGGAGAACACUCGCUUCGGUGAGAAGGGCCGUGUUGUCAAGGUCAACGCCAACAACAAAACUGUCGAGAUGGCCGAUGGCACCACCAUUGGUUACCAAAGACUCGUCUCCACCAUGUCCGUCGACUUCCUUGCCGGCGCCAUGGCUGACCAGGAAUUGAUCAGCCACACCAAGGAGCUCUUCUACUCUACCACCCACGUCGUUGGUGUUGGUAUCCGUGGCUCUCGCCCCGAGCGCAUUGGUGACAAGUGCUGGCUCUACUUCCCCGAGGACAACUGCCCCUUCUACCGUGCCACAAUCUUCUCCAACUACUCUCCUCACAACCAGCCUGAAUCUUCCAAGAAGCUCCCCACCAUCCAGCUGGCCGAUGGCUCCAAGACUGAGGACACCGAGGCCAAGGAGGGUCCUUACUGGUCGAUCAUGUUGGAAGUUUCCGAGUCUUCCAUGAAGCCCGUCAACAACGACACUCUCCUGGCUGAGUCGAUCCAAGGUCUCGUCAACACCGAGAUGCUCCGUCCCAACGACGAGAUCGUCUCCACUUACCACCGUCGCUUCGACCACGGUUACCCCACUCCCUCGUUGGAGCGUGAGGGUGCUCUGACCAAGAUCCUGCCCAAGCUCCAGGAGAAGGGCAUCUGGUCGCGUGGCCGUUUCGGUAGCUGGCGCUACGAGGUCGGUAACCAGGACCACUCGUUCAUGCUGGGUGUGGAAGCCGUCGACAACAUUGUCAACGGUGCCGUCGAGUUGACUCUGAACUACCCCGACUUUGUCAACGGCCGCCAGAACACUGAGCGUCGCCUGGUGGAUGGUGCUCAGAUUUUCGCCAAGAACAAGCAGUAAUUUUAUUAUAAACCUAUUAUAUGACAUGUCUUUAAUAAUUAAAUGAGGAUGGAAUAAAAUAUUUAACAUGAAUAAAGAGUAUGUUUCAACGAUAGAUCUAUGUAACGCCGUAACAAAAGCAAUACUACUAUCAAUCCAUCCCGC